AUGUUCGCACUAUUGUUCGGCGCCCAGUGGCCAUGUGUGGUUGUGGCUGAUGGCCAGCCGACAAGCAAUCAACAAAACGAUGGCCAUUGUUGUGUGGCGGACGAUUCAGAACUUCUGGACAUUGAAAUUCCGAUUGCCAUCCUUAAGCUUCCUGAACUGAGGCCCAAUCCCGAUACGGGGCGUACUGUAGUCGUCGUAGGCGUAUCCAGUUCGACCGAUUUUCGCGCUAAUUGCACGAUGGCCGCUGCUGAUUCAGUGGAUGACAGGAACAGGACGGCUGUCGAGCCGAGUCUGGGUCGCUUGUUCGCCCAGCGCUUGAUCACGAGGUUGGAUCGGCGAUCGACGGAGGGUCGAUGCGGACGUGGCAAAGCGUUUUUGCUGUCUUGA